GAAGUUUCAGUCGUCUAUAUUGUCUGAGUGAGGUGCGGCCAUGUUUUGAUUGCUGAAAUGGGUUGGAGUACAAAUAUAAGAUAAAAUGCCCAGUUGCAAACCCAAGACACGUUUUAUACCAGCCACGUGUGCUUGGACUUUACUUCUAGCAUGUACUACGCUGUUUUUCGUCUAUCCAUGUAUAGCAUUAUACAACAAAUGGGGCAUUUAUGUUCCAGUAUACCAAGGCGUUGUCACGCUAUUUGUGGUGCUCAAUUUUUCUUUAGCAACUUUUAUGGACCCUGGAGUCAUACCAAAAGCUUCGACAGACGAGGACCGGGAUGACGACUUCAGAGCACCGUUAUACAAAAAUGUUGAAAUUAAUGGCAUCACUGUGCGUAUGAAAUGGUGCGUGACAUGCCACUUUUAUCGGCCCCCACGUUGCUCACAUUGUUCCGUCUGUAAUCAUUGUAUUGAGACAUUUGACCAUCACUGUCCAUGGGUAAACAACUGUAUUGGCCGACGGAACUAUCGCUAUUUUUUUAUGUUCCUUGUUUCACUUUCUGUCCAUAUGAUAUCAAUUUUCACAUUUUCUUUAAUUCAUGUGCUGGAUAGAAAAGACCACCUUACUGAACCCAGGACCAUUAUAAGAUUUACAAAUGAUCCUGCUGAACCUACAAUUGUAAGUAUGGUUGUUAUGGGUGUCAUUGCGCUGCUCUUCAUCCCCAUUCUUGGUCUUACUGGGUUCCACAUGGUCUUGGUAAGUCGAGGAAGAACAACCAAUGAACAGGUCACUGGCAAGUUCAGAGGAGGCUAUAAUCCCUUUUCUCGAGGCUGCUGUCGCAACUGCUGCUAUAUUCUCUGUGGGCCUCAGUAUCCAAGCAUUAAACGACCAGCAAAAUAUAUCGGAAGAUACAGGUUUACUCCUUCCAUGAGCCCUCCAGCACCUGUUUCAACAAUAACCAGUCAAAGUCAAGUACGAGUGUACAUGGACAAUGGUGUGCAAGCUCCUAACUCUACUGCCUACAGUCAAGACACGGCAGGCUUGAUUACUCAGGAUAAUCUGGUGGAGGGGGGAGGGGCCGGUGCUUCAUCAGUAGCUGUGACCAGCAGUGCGGGGAGUGAAUGCGUGGAAGAUGGAAGUCAGCCCCCUCCAGGCAUGAGUCAGAGUCAAGACUGUGAGCCAACGCCCCCAUUGCCACGUCAUCCCUCCAAAACUAAUUUCUUCCAGCCUGAUGGACCACCUCCUCAUCACCAUCCACCCUACCAUCACCAUCACCAUCAUCAUCCAUACGCUGACUCUCCACGUAAAGCAAAUUCAAAUCAGCAAGUCGUAAGGCCACCACGCUCACCGCAGAGUUCAAGACCACGAGGACUGGAUGGUAGAUCAAGAUCCACCACUCCAGACCCACUGUCACCUGAUCGCCCUGUGCAGACAUCUCCUCCAGUUCCAGGAGGCCCACGUACUGGACCAUCAAGCCCUAAUGGGCAGCAAGUAUAUCAGGGUGUCCCUGGUUCUCCAACUCUUCAUCAUCGUAUGAAACAACUGGGUGGUGUACCAACACCUCUUGCUAUGUCCUCUCCACUGAGGCGUUCAAAUCCAAGUACUCCAACACAGCCUCGUCGACCUGAUUUUAUUGGCAUUGGCAAUGAUGGGACAAGAGGACCUCCUCAAUAUUAUCCUCAGUAUUCAUAUGAGCCACCUCAUAAUUCACAACCAAAUGGUUCCCCACAGCGUCGAUACAUGUCUGAAUCAGAGCUUAUACGACAGCCUUCUGAACCCAGUGGAGGUUAUCCUAGAACAGCCACAAUGUUUGAUAAUAUUCAGGAGCUAGCUGGAUCUCCUCAACAUGGUCAGUAUACUUGGAGAGACCAGUCUCCUCCACAGUAUUGUCAGCCUGGACCAGGGGAACCUGGUGUUGUUUAUCAAACUUGUGGACCACAUGAAUAUCGUUCAAAUCCAACCAGUCCAACUCAGACUUGUGCUCCCACUCAUUAUUACCCUUCCAUACAUCAUACACAAGUAGCAGGUGUUCAUGGGGCUCAUUACCCUCCAACUCAUCAAGCUACUUACACUCAUCAUAUAGGCCAUCCUCCACACCAAGGGUAUCCUCCCCAGCAGCCAAUGACUGUUGGCCGCAGGAAUUCUGGUCCAAGUCAUAUAGGGCCCCAAUCACCACAAAUUAGACGGAAGAAUUAUGCAGGUGGUUUAGUAACUCCACCUACCCCAACAGAAGGUGGUAGACCUAGCCCAGGUCAAAAACGACCAGUAUCUUUUGUCAGAUCUCUUGAUAUGAUGGAUAGCAUAGAAAUGUCUUCGCGUGGGCCUCCACAUCACCAAGGCCCUCAUGUGGUACCUCAUGAGGCACAUCAUGUGGUUCCACAUGAUGGGCACCAUGGAACUGUUUUUAAUCAGCGAGGACCUCAUGGUGGAACAUUGAGCCCUACUCAUACCCCAAAACCUGAUCAUCGUCUAGCCACCCCACAAGAUCUUGAUCGCCGUUCAACGUAUGACAUGAAUUAUGAAAUAAGUGUGUGAAGAACCCAGUUUACACACCAAGCAGAUGGGUAGCUUGAGUGUUUUUAUGUUUUUGUGUGUAUGUGUGAGUAUCUGUCCCGUUGUGAUGCAGUCAGCCACAAGAACGAAAGGGGGUUGAGGUGGUGUAGUGAUUUUGACAUUGUGCCAAGCCUAGUGUCCAGUGGAGCAAAACAUAGCAUGAGGGCAGACAAUAUGUUUUCUUGUCAGAAAUUGGGCACUACUUGCCAAUUUGCACCUAUGCUAGUCACUUUUUGUUUUAUCUCUUCCUCAAAGAUCAGUGUUACAAGAAAAUGAGCCUGAAGAGUUAGUGCAGCUUGGGUAACCAUGAACAAUUGCUACUGCUGUUAUUGACAGUAGCAGUGUGUUGCCUAGAACUUUGGCCCUCAGAUUUUACAAUCAACUAAAAGAAUUGAAAAAUGGGCAUUUAAAGUUUGAUUUCAGUUGAUUUAUUUUAUUUGCAUUAGUUUAAAUUACUGAAGAUAUAUUGUUUUUAUUUUGUAUUUUAUAAAUUUUAUAAAGAAAACUUGAAUUUGCAAUUGGAAUGGGAAAAUCUGUGAAAAAUCAUAAUAUAGCUGGUUCUGUGGUCCAUUUGCCAUGCCUUGUAACUGUAAUUGUGUGUGCAUUUUCCAAUCUUGCCAAUGCUCCGCAACACCUGCUUGGACCCUCGGGUACUGGAAUUUGCAGUAUUCUCCACCAAAUUGACUCUCCCUGUUUCCCUGUUAAUAUUCCACCACCUGCCACAAUACAUUCCUGAACACCAUAUACUGUAUGUUAAACUUCCAUUUUUAUAUGUCAGGCUCAGAUCAGAUCCUUGUUCCUUUCUCAAAGUUGGAAUUUGCUGUUAGUGAUUAUCAUUGCCAGUCUCAUAUUAACUGUAGUAUUACAUACAGACUAGUCAUCUUGUCUUUAUAUUUUUAUUUACUGGGUCAUUGUAUAUCAUAGAAGAGUAAAUUUGUGAAAUCGUUACUGGCAAACAAACUCAAAAUACAAACUGCCUCUUUCUUGCAAUGUUUUAGAUAUUUCAAAUUUGUUGAAUUUCUUGAAUUUUGCUUCUGUCUAAGCAUUAUUCUUAUUGGGUUACUUAUUACCAGACAUAUUCACAAAUUACUUGGGUAGGGAGCAGUAAAAGUGUUUACAACUUCUAUUCAGAGGUUUGCCAAUUAUCAUCAAAAGAAAAUUGUCAUGGUUUUUAAAAAUGUCCACCUCCACCUGAUCACCAUGCCUUUGUAAGUAAAAGUAACUUUUAAUUAUGUACUAUAAAUGGCUUAUCAUCUUUUUUCACCACUUACGUUUUCAGUUAAAUGUGUAAUACCUAAAUGUCAGCCUUUUGCUGCUUUUUUAUGUUAAAGCAGGUAACACUUUUUUAUGAAACAAAUGAUGUCAAUCUAGUCCAUUCCCUUGACAAAACUUAUUUUAUAUUGGAGCUGAUAUAUGUCACUAUGUAAGGAAAUGCGUAGGUUAUAUUUGACUGUAGAAGUUUGAGACAUCAUAAUGAUGUAACAGAAUUUCUUUGUGUUUUAACCAGAAAUUUUAGUACAUGCAAGAACAUACUUUAAUAGCAAAGUAUUCUUGAAGCAUAAUAAAUUAUUAGAGUGACAACCUUUACAUUUACAUUUUUAUCUACUUAGUUCAAAAUAUGAUUGAGAUUUUAAUAAAAAAAAUUUAUUGGAUUUAUGUUCUAAUUUUAUAAAUUAUUUGAUAAAAGCUUUCUUGGCUUUUGAUUUUUUAAUCAUAGAUGGUUGAAGGGAUAGCCAAUUUGGUGCCAUUUUAGCUCAGGCUUGAAGGGACUAGGGGAAAAGGUUACAGGAAGGACACCUUUGCCCCCCCCUCCCUUAAGUUUUAAGUUGCAGAGGUAAGCUGGCAGAGAGUCUAGGUAUAAGACUUGAUAACCUGAUUAAAUUGCUUUAUGGUUAACAAUAGUCUAAGCCUGUGUAAGAAUUCCAUAGUUUUGGAUUAUAGAUAGAUGGGAAAGUUGGUACCAUCAAGUAAUAUUGAAACCAGAGCAUUGGGUCACAUUGCUAGAUAUACUUGAGGCUCACCCCAAAACAAUUGAGUUGAGAUAAGACCAGUAAAGAAGUUGAAAAAUAAAUUAGAACAUAAAAAAUAACAAGGCAAAAAACAAUGCAGCUUUAGCUGAAGGAAUACUACGAAGAACCUUCAGUACAUUUACCUUAUAAAGGAUUUAUGUGCAAUAGCACAUCUCUAGCAGUUCUCCAAAAUUCAAAUGAAGGGGAGGUAGAUAGAAGUGAAUUGUAUUUAGCAUUAAAAAGUUUUGUUUUAGCUAAUUUUUCAAAGAGGACAACCAGAUAUCCCUUGCAAAUCUUGUGCUUAAAAAGCUAUUUUGGUGAUUAAAGGAAGAGAAUCAGUGUGUUUUGGAGCCAGAAGAUGAGAAAGGUUUAAAAAACUAUAGGACAAACGGAAACUUAUGCAUGCAAGAAGUUUAUAUUGAAAGGGGUCAGACUAGUGCAGUUUCUUUGGCAUUGUAUGAAUCAUUGAAGGAUACUUAUAAAUAGGUGCAAGAACUAGCAGUUCUUUGAAAAAACAAUGAAACGUCAUAUCAGUUUGUGCUACUUUGAGACUGGGUGCCAUCCAUAAGAAUGCAAGAACCCACUGCCAAGUUAUAAUUUGAUAAAGUCUAAGCUUUCUUAAUAAAGACAAAUCCUUCAGGCCAACCUUGUGUGAGCUGAAUUAAUUACCUCAGUCUUCUGGUUAAACUACUUAAUAAAUGAUGAUAGAGCAGUAUUCCCCAAAUGUACAUUCAAGAACCCUGCAGAACUUUUAAACAAAUUUAUAACAGAGGGCACACAAAUAAAGAAGGGCAGAACAUUUAAGACCCUGAAAAUUGGCAGUACUGUAUUACAAAAUAGCACCAAAGAAAAGAGAGGAUGGCACAAGCAUUUUUAUAAGCGUAAGCUAUAGAUAUAUCAUGACUGGAAGUAGGAUAAUAGAUGAAUGUCUUCAAGUUUAAAGGAUUUAGUCAGCAAAAACCUAUAAAUUUUUGGGAAAUGUUUAUUGGAACUUGAUUCUAAGCGUUUUAUUGUAUCAAGAUGAAUGCUAGAACAAUUAUCCUCUUUUAAGGAUAGUUGUAGUACACAAGUUAAAACUGUGUAUGUAAAAGAAAAAUCAGUGUUUACUGUAAUGACCAAAUUUCCACUGUUAUCCUGUUCAUAUGGAUCUUUAUACUGUUGUAUUAACCUUUUUAAUUUCUUUUCCACUAAAAUUUAAUGACAAUGGUACAGGACUUGAUGAUGUAAAUUUAGUAGUUUGCCUGUUCCAGGCUAAAUUAGAACUAAUUUGUAUCAUCUAUAAUUUACUAGAUGCUUAAUGGUCAAGGAUGCUGCAAAUUACCUUGUACAUGUAGGUUAUUGUAAUUUCUCCAGAAUAAAAAAAUAAAAUUUUUACCAAAAUAAAAAGAAAAAAAUUGGGGUGGAUUUCUAUCAUGAUAGUUUUUUCUUUCUGCCUAUUCAAGAUAGUGGGUACUUUCAUAUUUAUUUUAUUUUUGAAUGAAUAGUCCUUAUCGAGUUGAAGAAUGAGUGAGCACAACAUAGUAUGUUUAAACAUAUAGCUCUUUAUAGUUGAUUUUAUUUUCUUGUCAUUUAUUAACUCAAGAUCAAGCAAGGUUGUAGUCAUUUUUAAGCAUUCUAGAUAUAUACAACAGGUAUCAAAUGGUAGGUGAUAUGAUGACCCAGUAAACUUUAUUGAAAUUUUGCUAGUUUUUAUAAAAAAAAAAAUCAAAAUACAGUAUAUCCCGUCAUUUUGUAAGUCAUUGGAAGAAGAAAUCAAACACUUUGGUAUACAAUGCUUAUCUGUGAGGUGUGUCUUCUGAUAAGAGCCUGUAGCUAGGUCAAGAAUUGUUGGUGUUGUGUAACUGGAAAAUAUGAGUGAUGUUUGUGUUUAAUUUGUAGGAUAUGGUUUUGUGAAUGUAAUAUCCACUUGCAGAGAAAUGAUUCUAGUGUGUCCUUGGUUGGGCUUGUUAGUAGAAAGAUUAUUUUGUAACAGGAUAAUGGCCUUUUUAUAGGUUUCCCUGAUGUAUGUAAAUUCUGUCACAAAAAUACUGUCCACUGUAAUAUAACCUUUCAGAAUAUGGUAUAAUUUUAUGUAGUACCAAGUCAUAGUUAGUCAUAUUUUUUUUGUACAAUGGCAUUUUCACUAAAGAAAACAGUUCUUUUAUCUCUUGUGUGGCAGUUUUUCUCUAUGCAUAAUUCACAUAAAGAAAGGUUAUACUUCUUGUUAUUACUGUAGCCUAGAGUUGUAAUUUAUGUUGUACUAGCAAGUGGAGAAUGGAAGAAAUAUAAUUGCGUAUGUCGCAUAGGUAAGUUGUGUACAUCAAAGAGAUGAAAGACUUUACAUAAACAUGAAACUGCUUACAUUGACCCGAAACAAGUGCUCUGAGUAUAGCAGUUUCAUAAUAAAUGUCAUCUCUCUUCUAAGACAUUACACCACUGUUGAGGUCUUUCAGCAUUACUAGUAACUUUUUUUACAUGUUUACAUGUUUUGUAUGCUGAUAGAAUUCAGAUUUUCCCUUCUUUCAGGAUUAAACAUGUUACAGGAAACAAAAGUGCAUAUUUUUUACUGAAAUAUGUGUGUCAUGCAUUAGUAAACUAACUUAAACAGAUCUAAUUGAUUGACAACUUUCAGAAGUGGAAGCAGGGGCAUUUGAGAAGUACAGUUCUUCUAUAUUCUUUGCCAACUGCAAUUCUUCCAAAUUAAUGUGAUUUUCUGAACCUUCUUAGAUGAUGACAUCGUGUUUUUAUAAUUUUAAUUGCGGUAUGGACAUAUUUUUUAUUUGAUAACAAAGUAUUCAUUUUGGUUGUUAAGAAAACAUUGGAUAUUUAAUCUACUGGUGUUAGGAGGAUCUAUUCAGUUUAAUAACUGAGAUGAAGAACGUGUGUAUGAAAGUCAAAUUUGUUGUAUGAAUCUGUGGUUUGGGUCACCAACCAGCUUUUUGCUCAGAAUGCAGGUGAACAUCAUGUAUGAAAUUCACAUGAAGCAAGUAUGAAGUUUAUUGGGAAUGAAUAUCUUCCGAUUUUUGCGAUCAGACCCUUUUUUUCACAGUAGGUAGUUGCCAUUUAUGAAGGGAUAUUUAUCCAUUUUCCUAGUAGUACUGAUUCAGUCAUUUAAGUAAAGAUGGAGAGCAAUUUUAAACCAAGGGAAUUCUUUUUCUCUCGCAAAAACUGUGGAGAGACAGAUUCUGAUAGAAAUCCAAAGCAGGUGUUGAAUGUAAGAGUAUGUUGAGCAAACUAACAUUUGGGGAGCACAAUUUAGGUAGCCAAGUAUGCUGUUGGGUGUAUUAAGUUUGUUGAACUGCUGGUCAGAUCUAAAUGAAGAACACCAGUAUGAUUGUUCCCCGUAUCACUGAAAUAGGGUAUAUAAGUUUGUGGUCAUACAUGAUGCAAAAGAAUUACUACUAGAUGUCUCUUGCAGGAUUUAUUGUUUGUUCUGUUGAUGAUUCUGUAGAUGAUGUGCAACCAUAAUUUUCUUAUUUGUUUCUCUGAUUCAUAUAGAUCUGAUUGGUAUUUGUGCUUGAAAUGAAUCCCAUCCUUUUUUAAGUGUAGUUUUAACUCCCACUUACAUUCUCAAGAAGUGUUUUGGGGAUUUUUUGUCGGUGGUUGCUCUUAAGUAUUUUAUGAUUUCACUUUCUUAGUUAUUUAUUUUAAUAAGAAUAUGUAACCUAAGAAUAUCACAUUUGUAGUAUUCCAGCAUUUUUGUAGAUUUUUUCAUAUUUGCUGGUGUCAAUAACAGAUGUUUAUUUCAGUGUUUAAAUUGUUUUUAUUUUGUAGAGACCUUUUAAUCAUUGUUAUUUGAGAUUGCAUUAAAUUUUUUGGAUUUUUGAAUUGGUAUUUAAAAUACCUAAAGCUUGUUUUUCUUAGUUUUAACUCUGGGUUAUCCUUGGAAAAUUUUCUUGAUUAAGUGAAAAAUCUGAUAUAUUUUAGUUUUUCACAGAUUUUUAGCCAUAGGAGAUCAUGAAAGGAUUUGAAUGAACAGAUUUUAGAAAUAAUGACAACAGUAAAGUUGGACAAGUGGCUGUGAGGUUUUACAUACUCUAUAGAUUUUUUACAGCUAUCGUUAAAUAAUAAACUCACUCAGACAUGGUAACUUGUGAUGUGAAGCCAAGCUUCCAGUCAUUUGAAAUAGGGAACUUUUAUGUGUUUACCAUACAUUAGUGACUAAUUGAUGAGGUUUUUAAGACAAAUGACGCUCAGAAUUUUAGUCAUGCGUUCAUGUAAUUGUAUGUUGUUUUACUCCCAUAAAGGUAAUUUGUAAUUUAAUUGAGUUUAAGAAACUAGACAAUUGUUGUAGUAGUUUACAUCAAAAGUUUACAUUGGGUGUGAUGAUUCAUUAAUAUGAUCAUUUAAGUAUUGAUUUCUAUUAACAGUGAGUUAACAAUACCAAAGUGCAUUGCAGGUAUGAAAACUCAGAUGUCAUCUUUUUUAUGCUGUCCCAUUUUUAAAGUAUUAUUUCAACCCAUUUUGUGCUUUUGUAUGUUUGCUUUAAAUUUUCAGUAUUGUCAUCCCAAACGAAUCAUUUAGUAAUUAAUGUUGUAACAAAACCACUCCUAAACAGAUAAAUCAGGAUGGUUGAUUUUGUAUUUGACCUUACACCAUUGAAGAAAUAAAGAUUAUUUCCACUUAGUUCGCUAACCUUGUUUCUCAUUACGGGACAGUGAAGUUUUUUUGAGUUAUUUGUUCUCCUUAUGGAGGUGACUAUUAUGUACUGUAGUACGUGUCAAUGGCCAUAGUAGAUUUUAAAGUACUGUAUCUCUAAUGUUAAAUUAUCAAAGAAGGCAUCUUAGUUUCUUGUUUACUGAAAACAAAGACCUAAGAUAUAUAGAGAACCAUUGUGGGUAUGGCUAUAUGUAAAUUUAAAUUGUCUAGACAAGGUUGUAUUGUUCAUCACUGAAAAUGAGAAAUGGGAUAGAAAUAUUAGAUUAUUGGUUCUGUAUGUUUUUCUUUGUUUCAAUAUAUAUGAUGCAUUUAUUAAAAAAAGAUCAUAACACAUAACUCCCCAUGACACGAUGACUGAGAUAAAUCAUUGUUUCAUAAUAAGUAUGUAUAGGUUUUCUAUAUAUUUUACAUUUACCUUGAAAAUGGACACCAUUUCAUUUUGUGUAUAUCUUCGCCAAUCAUGAUUAGUUAGCAGCAGCAUUUCACUUUGUAGAAACUUCCAUAGUUACCAUCACACUUCUAGUGGUAUAUCAGCACUGGAAAUCCCUUUUAUUGCAGCUAGCCUCUUUAUUACUGUACUGUUAGGAAUUAUUGUGCAUUGAAUGGAGGAAGACUGCCACUGUUGUUCACUGGUCAUGAUUGAAACUUUUAACACAAUCAUUUCAUUCCAUGUGUACCUUAUCAUAAUAAAUCAUUAUUGUCAGAGCUCAGAGCCCCCCCCCUCCUCCCCCCCUCUCUCUCUCUCUCUCUCUCUCUCUCUCUCUAUCUCUCUCUCUCUCUCUCUCUCUCUCUCUCUGGUCUUGCAGCUAUCAGCAUAAAGCCAGAUCAUUCCACAAUUGUAUUACACAGUAAUUUUACUGGACUUGCCUUGUUCCCAAAUCCCAUCACUCGAACUAGCUGAAUUACUCUAUCUACUUUACUUCUUCUGUAGAUACUGUAUAGAUUUUAGGAAACCAAUUUGUACUUCAUCUGUCACAACUAAAUAACUGUCAUUAAGUUAUUAAUGUUCUCUUUUGUAAGUUCUCCUGUCGUAGCAGUGUAGUGUCAGGAGAACGGUAUCACUUAACUUGGAUGGCUAGUUUAUCCCUUGGUCUGUUGCAGAACUUUACUCCCUUCACUUUCAACCAUCAAGCCAACUGCUGGUAACAUAUGGAGUGGCAAUGAGAAACUUACAGAUAUCUGGAUCUUAUCACUGUACUUCAUGUCCUUCACUCUUUUGGAGCUCAGGUAGCCUCUGUCAUCUUUUGCUGCUGAAGAUACAAGUUUGGAUGAUGUUUAUGGCUUCCCAUGUCCCUAUUUCUCACAUCCUCAUUAUUGUUUGAAUGAUAUUGAUACUUGUCCCAGUGCUCACUGUGCUCUCUCCCCCAGUCUGUCUACUUCUCACUUCCUAAGCUUAUUUUUUAUGGUCUGCUGUGUACAUAAGAGGCUGCUUGUCGAUCUCCCCUUAGUCAUUUGUAUAAAGGAUUUACAAAUUAAAGAGAGAAAAUAUGUACAUAAAAAC